CAAACUUGCUUAAAUUAUUUUUGCACACUAGAUGAAAUCAGUUUCUGCUGAUCUGAUAUUGAUUCUCUCUUGGACUAUAUGAAAGUGAUAUUGAUCGAUUCAUCUCCGCAGAAUCUUAAGCUAUUUGAAUAUGAAAUCAUCUGAAAAAUCAAAUCUUACAAUUUUUAGUGUUAAUAUCGAUCAAACUUUACUGUAUUGAACUAAAUAUGUGAUGAAAUUUAAUUUGCUUCAAUUAAAAUGGAUUCUUGGAUAUUUCAUUCAGCCAAUAUCUGCUUGGCUUUAGGUUUCAUUGAAUUUCCUUUGGAAAGUGGUCCAUUAAUUUCAAGAUGUGCUUUGGUUAUUGGUCUAAUACUGCAUUGUGAUUGGUCAAUCAAAGUAAUUUGCUCGCCUCUGGUUUUCACUUGGAACGUUGUCAUGUUAAUUGUAAACAUUGGACAUCUGAUUCACUUAUUUUAUACUUUAAGACAAGUCAACUUUUACUCCAAAUCACUGGAAAGAGUUUAUAACCGAAUGUUCGCUCCAAUGGGAGUAUCAAAACUUACUUUUCAACGAUUGUCAUCAGAUGACUUGGCCUCGAUUCAUAGGUUAGAGGCUGGUGAGGCCUAUUCAAUUCAAGGGCUAACCAAGAACGACAGAUUAAGUUUACUGGUUUCAGGAAGAGCUAAUGUAAUUUCAAAUGGGAAAUAUUUACAUCCGAUUGAGCCCUUGGAAUUUAUGGAUUCGCCUGAAUUUGAAUCUAAUUGCCACAAUUCCGAUGAUAAAAUGAAUGUUUCUAUUAUGGCUGUUGUCCCGUGUCGGUACAUUUCUUGGGAGAGAUGUAAUUUAGAAUACCAUUUAAUUAAAGAAACUGAUUUUUCAAAUGCAUUGAGUUAUAUGGUUGCCCGCGAUAUAACCAAUAAGUUAUACUCAAUGAACAAAAAGGUUAGUUUGAAAUUGCUAAAAUAACAAUUAAAAACACUAA